GGGAAGUUUAGUGGUUUCUUGCGUCAUUGCUUGCUGCUGCUUGGUUGUGCCGGUGCAGAGUGAAGAGUGCCACAAAGACAGCAUGACCUAGCACAAUGCCUUAAAACACAGCUCAUUAUAUCACAGUAUAUAGCACUGCACAUCAGAGUGGAACAAUAAAACGUAAUAGAAUGCAAUGAAGAAAACACAUUGUUGCAUAUUAACAGUAUAUUGUAAAUGUAUAUGAGCACCUCAUGGUCACGUUACCAUUAACCAAGUUAUACAGAAAAUACAUAUAUCAGACACACACACACAGGGCUGGAUGUGCGGGAGGUUGAGGCAGGAGAAAAGAAGAGAUGCGGAGACUCCGGAGAAAAGGAGGGAACAAUGAGAAGGUGUUUGGCUGUGACCUGUUGGACCACUUGUCCACUACCUGUCAGGAGAUUCCCCAGGUGCUGCGAAGCUGCAGUGAAUUCAUUGAGGAGCACGGGGUGGUAGAUGGGAUCUACAGGCUAUCUGGGGUGUCAUCCAACACACAGAAACUAAGGGGUGAGUUUGACAGUGAGGGGACCCCGGAUCUCAAUAAGGAUGUGUACCUGCAGGACAUUCACUGUGUCAGCUCUGUCUGCAAGGCCUACUUCAGAGAGUUACCCAAUCCCCUCCUCACAUACCAGCUCUAUGACAAAUAUGCUGAAGCUGUGGCGAUUCAGUUGGAGGAGGAGAGGCUGGUUAAGAUUAAGGAUGUGCUGAAAGAGUUACCCGCUCCCCAUUACAAAACUCUGGAGUUCCUGAUGCGUCACCUUGUCAAGAUGGCUUCUCAUUCCUCACACACCAAUAUGCAUUCCCGGAACCUCGCCAUUGUUUGGGCUCCGAACCUUCUCAGGUCAAAGGACAUUGAGGCGUCAGGGUUUAACGGUACAGCAGCCUUUAUGGAGGUGAGGGUCCAGUCUAUCGUGGUGGAAUUCAUCCUCACCCACGUGCCCCAGCUGUUUCCUGAUUCAGGUAUUACGGAGCGCCGGAAGUCACUCCCAUCUCCCUCUAUACACAAUCCAGAGGAACCUUUCUUCCGGGCCAUUCCAUUCCAGUUAGGCAACAUCAGCCCAGGGGACGGUCCCCCUGCCAUGCGUUCCUACCACGCCAUCAUAGACGGGACAGACAAGAGGAAGGGAUCUCUUAAGGGCAGGAAGUGGAAGUCCAUCUUCAAUUUAGGAGGCAGACUCCAUGACCCGAGACGGAGGAACAAGAACUCGGCCAAAGAAAAAGAGAGAACUGUCUUGAGGCCAGCGAAGAGCAUGGAUUCCCUGAGCUCUGUGCCCUAUCCGCAUGAAGGUUCCAGACAACGACCCCCUUCCACUGUGAUGUCCCCCCUGGCUCAGCCCUCUCCCUGUACCCAGGGGGGUGCGGAGGGAGGGGCAUCCAGUAGUGGUGGUGAUGUGGGCAGCGGGUAUGCUGUGACCUACCGAAGGGGUCAGGGGGCUAGUGUGAGUGUAGUGAGCGGGGGCGGAGGAACACAGGGCAUAUACAGUCGACUGGACAGUCACUGUGGUGGGGGCAACAGCACUGAGGCUCUGCAACCCCCAUCCAGAUCCCCAGGACUCUCCAGCAAAGCCGACCGGCGGGCAGGGAUCCACAUCUCCGGACCUUUCUCGGUCACAGUACCCCUUCACAUCACAUCAGGCCUGGCCUUUGGGGUGCUGCAGGGGGGUGGAGCGGACAGGGGCAACCAUAGAGGAGGACAGGAGAGUGGCGAUAAAGGAGAGGGCGGGGAGGGUGACAGACGGAAGGGAAGGGAGGGGGAGAGACAGAAGGGAAGGGAGGGUGACAGACAGGAGGGAGGUGAAGGGGAAAGGCACAUCCGAGUAGAAGUUAUGAGGGAGGAUAAGACUGACCUAGGCAAGAGAAGAGAUGAAGAGGUAACAGGGGAGAGGAGAGGUGAGGCAGAGGAAGAUAAAGUUGAAGAAAAGGAGGGAAGAGGAGAAGAGGAGAGAGAAGAGGAAGUGAAUGGGGACUGUGUAUCUAAGCCAUCAGAAGAGAGCAUUGAAGAGAGUCAGGUUCAGGGUGAGGGUGGAGAAGGGGAUGCAGAAAACCAUGACUACGAUGAGGAUGAAGAGGGAGAAUACAUGGAUAUGAAAGGCUCUGUGCAGACUGCCCUGGAUGCCCCAGAUAUGUCAGGUGUCAGAAAUGAAGUAGUUGCCAUAGAUGUGCCAUUUCCUCUGAUGGAGAAGGACGAUGAACAAGACCAGGACUGUCCACUGGACUUUCAGGAUACUUUUGGAUUCCUGGACCUUAUGGACAGCAGUGUCUCCAGCCAGAUGUUCCAAGAGUUCUCAGUGGAGCCUCAUCAUGGGGAUGAUGAGUAUGAAGACGAGGUGGAGCAUAGAUCCCCAGGACUCUCACAUGACAGACCAGACCCUGUCACAUGGCCACCUGUAGAUGCACAGACACAAAUACAGACACAAACGCCCAUACACAGGCCUCUAAGCAUAGAUCAGUAUGGGCGAGCCAACAAGUCAAUGAGUCUGCCUUACAUGUCCCGGCCCUUCCUGCCUGCUCUGUCUUCCUCCUCCUCCUCUGAAGAAGAGGAGGAUGAAGAAGGUGAUGAUGAUUACGACAAAGAAGAUGAGGAGGAUGAUGAUGACAUGUUCUGUAAAAGUCUACCAUCUAGUUUGGUGUUCAACAGACUGACAUGGAGUGGACCUCAGACUGACUUGGAGAACAGUUUGUCCCCAGCCCCUGUGCCCUCACAACCACUGGACGGUGCCUCUGAUGACGCACCAAUUCCUAGUUCUGAGCCCAGAAUGCCCCCUGAGCACUUGGACAUUGAUUCCCCUGACUGCUGUUAUCAAUCAGUGGAGGUUUUGAGGCAUAGCAAAGCUGAAGAAAAGAAUAGUCUGGAAGCGAUGAAAGUGGUGGAGGAGGAGGAUGCAGAACAGGAUCGAGACAGCCAGGAGAAAGACCAGGCAGACACCCUGACCAAUACUUGCACAGAAAGAUCGCCUUCACUUUGCUGCACUGACAUAGAAGAAAGUUGUCACUUGGUUGAAACCAGCAUCAUGGAGGAAGAGGAAACUCCAGAUGACAUUGAGAGGAGCCACGCUUCAGCAUCCGCAUCAACUGACUGUGAGGAGGCCUCACUGCAGACCACUAGAGUUCAUCUGAAGCUCAAAGACGAGGAAGAGGUCCUGAAGAGUCAAUGUGCUGAAGAAGGUGUGAUUUUAGAGGGUUAUAAUGGUGAUACAGUGAGCGAAGCCGAGGCAGAAAAUCCAGAAGAGCAUUUACUGACGGCCUGUCAUAUUGUUUCCUGUGCUGAAGAGCCAGAGAACAUAGUCAAUGAGCGAUCAGAGGAGGUUUCUAGAGAUUCCGCUGGGGAUGUAAAAGAGCAUCCUGAAAAAAGUGCUAAGAGGGAGAGAGCGGGAGAGAAGGAAAAUGGAGAGGAGAAGAAGGUAGAGGAAGAGAUGGAGGAAAGAGAUGAUAGAAACGGGGGAGGAUUGGACAAACUAGAGGGAAAAGAAACAGCAUGCGAGGGAGAUAUGGGCAAAAGAGAGGAGAGAGAGGUAUUAAAGGAAUUGGAAAAAACAGAGGAAAAGGAUGUGGGGGUUAUGGUGGGAGUGGAGGAGAAGGAACAAGGAGGAAUGAUUGAAGAAGAGGAUGACAGGAUAGCAGGUGAUGAAAGGGAAGUAGGAGAAGAGGACACAAAGCAGGAAGAGGUCAUUUAUGAAGAGAUGAUGAGCAUAGUAGCGAGGGAUGACAUGAUGGAAAGUGGAGAGAGGAAGGAUAGGGAAGGAGAGACUGAGGGAAGCACAUUUAUAGAGGAGGUGAUAGAAACCAAAGAAGAUGGAGAGAUGAUUGGAGUACAACAGAAAGAGAUCAUGAAAGAGAUAGAUGAGAGUAAGGCAAGUGAAGAGAUGAGUGCAAAAGAAGAGGCGAAGAGAGCGGUGGAAGGAGUGGAUACCAUGGGAGAGACUGAGGAAGAGGCAGCUGGAGAAAGGGUGGAAAAGAUGUCGAUUGAUAAUGAGAAACAGAACCUAGAGGCACAGCACGUUUUAGAGAGAAGACAAAGAGAUAUAGAUCUUAUAAAGGAUGUUGUGGGAGAGGGAUAUGAGGAGGGAGAGAAAGAGAUGGAAGUGGGAGAUGUAAUCAGGGAGGAAGAAGGAGAUAGUAUACGUGUGGUCCAACAGGAGACAGAUGAGAAGAAGAAGAAGAAGAAGAAGAAGAAAGGAGAGAUGAAAGAGCAACUAAAGACACCAACAAUAGAGGAAAGAGAAGAAGACCUGAAAGAGAUCAAGAUAAACAGCAAAAAAAAAUAUGAGGGAGAAAACGAAGCGAUGGAUAGUAAAGUGGCGUCUGAAAAAGGGGUGGGGAGAGUGCUGGUCGUGUCUAAACAACAAACACCCCCUAAAGUGUAUCAAGCAAGAUCAGUGCCAGUGGUACCACCCAAGCCACAUCACUGCCGAAUAACUGCACUGAACCUCAGACAACAGCAGCACCAGAGGGAGAGGAGAGAGACAGACAGAGACAGUGGAAAGGGAAAGGUACACAGGACUUUGGGACAGCAAGAUAAGGAGAGAAAGAUGGAAGGAAAGCCAGAGGAUGACAAAGUCAGCGAGACAGAACGAGGGUGGAAUGAGGAUGGGGAAGAUGAGGGCAGAGGCAAAAAGGAGGCACAGAGUGGGGGGGUGAGGGAGAGGAGGAGAGAUGCGGAUGAGGGGGGAGUGAAAGACAUGAUGAAGAACAGUCCAAUCAGUAUGUGUUUUGAUGAAGCUGUUGCCAUGGGAAUCAAGAGAGGGAGAGAGAAAGAGGGCAGUGAAAGGGAGAAAAAAAAAGAGAGAGGAUAUGAAGUACAAUAAAAAGAAAGAGGUGGACAUAAAAGCCAGUAAAUGUUAUAGUCAUUGACUCUGUCUGGAUGGUUAGUAUACAAACGUAUCAUUUAUGUAUAGUUAUAUUUUCCAUACUGCCUGUAUUAUUCAGCCUGGGCCUAGAACCCCGUCCCACUAAUAUUCAGGGCUACUCAGAAUACUGAUCCUCUGCAGACRCCCCCCCCCCCC